GAAUGGGAUGCGUCACUCACUGUUAUCCCAUGCUUCUCGACGUACAGCUUGAUCCCUCUGCUCCAGCGACUUCAUUGUUCUUUUCUCGGAUCCGCCGACUUGCGAUUUCCCUCCCUGGAGAGACCGGUAUAGAGACUAUUGUUUUUCUUCGAGGCGCUGCGAGUCUCUGGACUCCGUUCCAUCAAAAUGGUGCCCCGACAGCCUCCUCAGAGUAUAUGUGGAUACGAACAUUUCACAGGCGUUUCCUCGAUGUACUUUAAAAGCUCGCGGUAGUUUCUUCAAUAGAGCAUAACUCACCAGACGAAGCACUCUACCCUUGCGUUCUACACCACCUUUUAAAUCACUCUAACAUCCUUCCUCGCUCGCGGCUUCACUAUGUCAAAACCAAGUCAGCGUGAUCAGCGUGCGGCAGGCCUGUCCGCUGCGUCCAUAAAGGCGCUUUCUGGAGAAGAGGCUCUGAGAUUCCUCUUUGACUAUCGGCCUAAAUUCACCAAACUACAAGGCUUUGUGGGUAAUGGCGGGACUCGCUACCCUGCGCAGUACGACAUGCAUAUGCAUCCUCAGCUGGUUCUCAAAGACGUCAUCCUUUUUCCCGACAUGCUCGAGCAGCUUGCUGGUUUCGUUGAUUCCAGGCUCUUCCUCUUGACUGCCAGGCGACUGCCCCAUGUUCCCCCGUCUAGUGAAUUGCAUCCAGGGCGGAUUCGCCUUGACUGGGAUAUCAAUACUGGCAUCGUGAUAGGGCCCAAGGAUGAUCUCAAGCGCGUAUAUCCAAGCCUGCAGAAGGUUCCAUCGCUGAUCGCUUCGACUCUGAUCACUGGUCUUGAUCAAUGGUCGGACAUCUUCAGAUAUAGUGAUACCCCUACGUCCGUGAUGCCUUGUGCUCUGGCAGAUGGAUAUCUCUCGCUCGAUAGAGAUGUCAUCGGGCUUGCCGAAAACCUUGAUGCCAUCAAACUUCCCAAAGGUCUCGACAGCGAUAUUCAGCUUGUCAUCGAGACGGGCUUGUCCGAUUUUUUGUUCUGGGACUUCAAGAAUAUGAAUGAAGGGAGUGAAGGAGUCAUGCGGGCUAUCAGGUAUUUGACUGGCUCAAAGUUCCCUUGGGUGAGCUGUCCUGCAUCUGAGAGAUGCUAUGGACGGUUUUGCCAGGAGAAGACAAGCGACGGGGACCAGUUCGCUGUUACGGGGUAUAAAACGGGCGUGGAUGGAGGUAUUCUGGGGGAUGUCGGGUCUGGUGUUGCCAACUCGAGCGAACUCAGAUUUGAUAUGUCUAACUGUCUUUCUGUGGCGUCUGACUUGAACACGAGCGCGUGGCCAUUCAAGCGCGAUGUAAGGAAAUUGGGGAAGGGGACGAAAAAGAGAUUAGCAUCAGGUGAUGGGUCUGACGAAGACGACGGUAAUGGUGACGACGGAGGUGCCGAUGAAGAUUCUCUGUCUAGGCUUCCAUUUAGCAGGUUUGAAUUUGCGAAGGCGCUUAGAAUCAUCCAACAGAUAUGGGCCGAAGCUGUUAACAUCGAUGCAACGUUCAUGGUUUUGAAUGCCGGGAGCCGGGAGUUUAUAGGCAUACGUGAUCGACAGCUACAACGCCUCUAUCUGUCGCCGUUGAUAGAUUUAGACAACCCCGGUAGUCUUCCUGCGGGCUACUUCAAGAUCCACACCGGCCUACGGAUUGCAGCACUCCAUGAUGUGAUUCAGCGUGCAAAACGGUUGAAGGCGCUCUCACGCCUCCCCGAACUAUACACAUUCAAAUAUGACCAUGGAAGACCCUCCGACGACCAGCCGCCAUUGAACAUCAUGAAGACCGCCAGGCCUCGGAAGUCUACGAUGACUGCAAGGGCAGCAAAAGUCAAGAUUUCAGAAGCUCACGUGGAGGGGAUCGAGCAGACUUCAGAGGUAAGCACAGAACGGCCAUGAUAUCCCCCUGAAAAUUAGUGACAAUCUUUCAUCAACAGCUCUUGCUGCAAUUGCGAGAAACAGAGAAUGUGACGGGCAAAGUGUAUGGCUUGGGAAUGUCGGAAUCAUCGGGGCUCUACUCCCGGGCCAGAGGAAAUGGAUCGAGUCAGGAGGGAUGCGACAUGAUGGACAUA